AUGUCCGACUUGAAGCCCAAUUCAAUACUAAUAAUCGGCGCCGGUACAUGGGGCUGUUCAGCAGCUCUCCAUCUUGCCCGACGAGGAUACACAAAUGUGAAAGUACUUGAUCCUCACCAGGUGCCAUCAUCCAUUGCUGCGGGGAACGACAUCAACAAAAUCAUGGAGCACAAGGAGCUGAAAUCCCCAAAUGCCGACGCUGGAAGUAUAGCCUUUACAACAUUCACCAGAGCAGCCCUUCAAGGCUGGAAAACCGACCCAAUUUUCCAGCCAUAUUUCCACGAAACCGGCUUCAUAGUUUGCGGACAUACACCCGAACUGAUAGAGCACAUCAAACACGAAGAGAUCGACCAGUUAGCAGGCGAUUACACGGCCUUGGAAUCGGCAGACGAUUUCCGCAACACAAUGCCACCAGGCGUUCUCACCGGCGACUUCCCAGACUGGAAAGGCUGGAUCAGCCGUUCAGGGGCCGGGUGGAUCCAUGCUCAAAAAGCUAUGGUGUCCGCAUAUAACGAGGCUCGACGCCUAGGUGUCAGCUUCGUGACUGGCUCACCAGCCGGGGGCGUCACUGCCCUGAUAUACGAGAACGGCGAUUUUGUCGGGGCCAAGACCGCAGAUGGAUUGUCCCAUCGUGCGGACCGGACUAUUCUUGCGGCCGGGGCUGGUAGUGAUGCUCUAUUGGAUUUCGAGAAGCAGUUGCGUCCGACGGCGUGGACAUUGAGUCAUAUUCGGAUGACGCCUGAGGAAGCGCAGAAGUAUCGAGGCUUGCCUGUGUUGUUCAAUAUCGCGAAGGGGUUCUUUAUCGAGCCGGAUGAGGAAAAUCAUGAGCUCAAGAUCUGCGAUGAACACCCGGGAUACUGUAACUUUGUGUCGGAUCCUGAUCGUCCGGGUGAGAAGCGGAGUGUUCCGUUUGCUAGAGAGCAGAUUCCUCUUGAAGCGGAAAGACGGGCUCGAGAGUUUCUGCGUGAUACUAUGCCGCAGCUUGCGGAGAGGCCUUUUUCGUUUGCGAGAAUCUGCUGGGAUGCGGAUACGGUUGAUCGGGCUUUUCUUAUUGAUCGGCAUCCUGGGUAUCCGUCGCUCGUGGUUGCUGUUGGUGGGUCGGGAAAUGGGGCUAUGCAGAUGCCUGCUAUUGGGGGUUUUAUUGCUGAUGCGCUGGAGGGGAAGCUAUGUGAGGAAGUUAGGGAUGUUGUCCGCUGGCGGCCGGAGAUUGCUGUUCAUCGGGACUGGUGGUCUACGCAGAACAGGUUUGGGGGUCCGAAUAGGGUUGUGGAUUUUCAGGAUGUGAAUGAGAAUGACUGGACGCAUAUUGUAUAUACUGAAUGA